AUGGUGUACUUAUUGAAGUCUCAUGAGAAUCGUCUUUGUAGUUUAGUUGAAAGCUUUGAACAGAAACAGAUCGAACAAAUGAAUUUUCAUUCUAAAAGCUUUGAGUAUGAAAUUCAAAAGCUUCGUGAUGUUUCGAAGGAGCGUCAUGAUCUUUUUUUGGAACAAGUGACAAAGAUGAAACAAUUUGUGGAUUUUAAGGUGGCUGAACUUAUGUACGAGAUAGCUAAAGAGGUGGGAAAGAUGGAGAAGAAUUAUACUUUGUUGCAUAGCAAAGUGGAUGUUGUUGCAACUGCUAUCACAAAUUUGGUUGAAUUCAAUACUGACUAUUCGACCAAGCUUGAAGAAAAAUCAGAGAAGGAUACCUAG